UGUUUAUGUCUGAUGUUUAAUUUUCCUUAAAUAUGUUCUUUUUAUUAUUAAUUUAGAAAAUAUUUUCUGGACGACAGUGAGGUUUUCAGAAGAAAUGCUUUCCUACUUAUUAAAAAAAUGAUGGAAAUGACUACACGCACUCCAGAAGACACUUCUGAAUUGGUGGAUGAGAUUCUUCAUAGCAUCUUCUUUUUGGGGAAGAUUAAUAGACCAGCAUUUUCUCCCAGAGAACUUUUGGAUGAUGAUGAGGACGUACUUGGGGACUUAAUGGAAGCCCAUCCGGAGCCUUUCAAACAUUAUUCCUCUCAGCUACCUAGACGGAGUCCCAUUUCAUGUCUGCUGGACAUGGUUGUUAACCUGGAGGGACGAGAGAAUGAAGAUGCAAUAAGAACGAGUCUGCGAGAAAUCACCCUUGAGUUGAUGGCAAAUGCUUCUAAGAAAGUGUUGUUCUCCUCCACCCUCUGCGUCUCUCAUGCCAACAAGAACGAUUCAGUGAGGCACUAUGGAGUCUCCAUGUCCACCACUGGUCGUCCUGCUGGCCAAAUCCUGAUUGCAGCAUCCUGCUUUCAUUUCUGGCAUAAAUAUGUAGCUAAUGCAGUGAUAAGCUACUGUCCUAAUAAAAUGAGGAAGGUGUACUUUAAUGGAACCUUCCAGCUUCCUGUGGAUGUCAGAUGUGAAGCCUUUAAACUCAGAACAGGGACACCAAUGAAUCCUUGCAAAUCUUGCAGUAAUAUGUUUGGCUUGGACACGACUGACACACAGGUGUGGCCCUAUGGCAACUGUGCUGAAGUUGAAAGUUUGAGCAAAUUGCUUGGGGUGGAAGAAGUUGAAAGGAGAGUACAAAAUAAUGAAAACUGGACAGAACAAGACAGGCAAAUGGCUACAGAUGUCGUUUUAAAUCAUCUUAACACUGUACUGAUUGAGGUUGGUUUUGCAUGGGAUGGCAGAUUCUACACUGCACAAAGAGCAAUACCUGAAAAUUGAGAUCAGGUUGAAGGGCUGAUAUUAAAAAUGGUUCAACUGUAAAGUUAUAAUAAUCUCUGAGAUAUGUGUGAACAGUUGGGAAUAGAAAGAAUUUUCUUUUUUCUUUUUGCAAAAUAUGUAACAUAAAAUAAAACAAAUUCAAUUCUAAAUGAGGUUAAAAUGUAAUUUAUCAUUCACUCCAUGUUUAGCCUUACUUUGUGACAAAUCGCUUCAAAAGUCUUUGCAUAUCCAUGCUUGUAUCAUGACUUUGCCUUUUUGAACUGUUAGCACUCUGAAACAGGAACAGAAAGACCGUUGGAGGUCACAGCAGAAGGCCACGCUCCCUGCCUGUUCUCUCAGGUCAGCUGGUCCUGUGUGAGCCUAAACCAAGCAUAAAUUCCACUGUCACACUGCCUUCACUGUUGUUGCUCCCAAAAUGUAGAAUAAUUUGCAUUCAGACACAUCUGUUUAUCUCAUCUCCUUGACCUUUGACCACUUUGAGAGGAUGCCUUUGUUUUCAGUGAAUUGUUAGUAAAUGUGUCCUUAUUGUAAGUCUGUUUUUCAGCAUAAUCAAGUCUGGGUCUCUAUGCUUUUAUUUGUAUUUUCUGCUCAUUGUCUCUUUUUUAUUUAUGUCCUUUCAUUUAUUCUGGUAUACGGCACUUUGGGACAGUGGCUGUUUGAAGAGCUUCAUAAGUAAAGUUAAAUAAAGGGCUUUGAUGUAUAGUAGUAACAGUAUAUAUAUGGUAAAUUAAUGUAUGUUAUAUAUCAAAAAUCCAAUAAACGUUUUACAAUUUA